AGCAGCUCUACAGGCAGACAAUAUCUGCAUCAGAGGUUAAAAUCAAGUUACUAGGCAAGGAAAUAAUCUAGAAAGAGGCCCUUAUGCUCGGCAUGAUCGGAAGAAACAGGACGGACCACUAAUUGCUAGAUGAAGAAUCAGGUGCCAUGGCGCAGAUGGGGCUCCCUCUCCUAACAUUGGCCUUGUGGGUUAGUGUUCGAGUAAAACUCCAUGUUGGUGGUGACCAGCUGAAGCCUGCCCGUGCACCUCUGAUGCCUCACCGGCCCUUUGUAGUGGUGUGGAAUGCUCCUACUGAAUCAUGCCGCCUUAGGUUCAAGGUGGACCUUGACCUCAGUGUUUUUGACAUUGUUGCAAACCUCAACGAAACCCUAAGUGGACCGAAUGUCACCAUAUUCUACCACAGCCACCUGGGAUACUACCCAUACUACUCCAACUCUGGGGUCCCUAUUAAUGGUGGUUUGCCACAGAACCAGAGCAUCUCCAAACAUCUAGGCAAAGCCCGUACCGAUAUUGACAAGCUGAUCCCUCACAAGGAAUUUCGAGGUCUGGGUGUCAUUGAUUGGGAGAACUGGAGGCCUCAGUGGGUCAGAAACUGGGGCUCCAAGAACAUCUACCGUAACAAGUCCAAAGAACAUAUACGCAAACUUCACCCAAACUGGCCUCAGAGCAAGGUGGAGAAGGAAGCAAAAGAAAAUUUCGAGAGAGCUGGACAGACCUUCAUGAACCUGACCUUGGCGCUGGCUGAAGCCCGCAGGCCAAAUGGACUGUGGGGGUUUUAUCUGUUCCCAGAUUGCUACAACUACGGGUACAAGCAGCAUCCACACCACUACACUGGGGAAUGCCCCAACAUUGAGCAUGUCCGCAAUGACCAUCUAAUGUGGCUCUGGAAGGAGAGUACUGCCCUUUAUCCAUCCAUCUACCUGGACUAUGAGCUUAAAUCCUCCCACAACACUGUCAAGUUUGUCCACUAUCGAGUCAAGGAAGCCAUGAGGAUUGCAUCCAUUGCUCGUGCGGACCUAACAUUGCCUGUGUUUGUCUACUCCAGACCUUUCUAUGCCUACACCUUUAUGGUUCUUUCAGAGAGUGACCUGGUUCAUACCAUUGGUGAGAGUGCUGCUUUGGGAGCAUCAGGCGUUGUCCUCUGGGGAUCAUCAGAGUACGCUCGAACACAGAGGAACUGUCUGACAGUGAAGAAGUACAUCGAUGGUCCGCUGGGACAUUAUGUCAUCAACGUCACAUCUGCUGCUAAGCUCUGCAGCAAAGCAUUGUGCAAGAAGAACGGCAGGUGCAUCCGCAAGAGUCUCGACUCUGGUGCUUACCUGCACCUGAAUCCACGCUUUUUCCAUAUCCACUACAACCCGGCAUCCAGGGGCCCCCACUUCCAUGUCAGCGGUCACCUCAACAAUCAUGACAUCCUGGAUAUGAAGCACAAGUUCACCUGCCAUUGCUACCAGGGCUGGACUGGGGUUCACUGUGAGAUGCCCCAGGCUCCACCCCAUCCUCCUCCUCCACAACAACCUGCCAUCCCACUUCCUUACCCCCGUGGGCAAAGCCUGCUCGGAUAUAUCCUGCUCCUCCUUUCCCUCCAUUUCUCCUGUCUGUGCAUCAUCAUGUUUCUGGGACUCUGUCUAAUUAUCAAGUGUCUGAUUCUCUAG